CAUAAACAUCUGUAUGUAAACGAGGUUAUAUACAAAUAUGGCGGGAAUAGGCCUAUAAAUUCGAAGGAUAAAAUGAAUGUUAGUUUGUUUGGCAGUUUAUGUCGUAGAGAGCAGUAGAUGGUCAGAAGGCGGCUAAUAACCUUAACAUCUUCGGUUUUAAGAAUGUUUUAUGCUGUCAAAUCUGGUCGUCAGUGUGGUAUUUAUAAGACAUGGGACGAAUGUAAACAGCAGGUAAAUGGCUUCAAAGGUGCAAGAUUCAAGAAAUUUAAAACAAGGAAUGAAGCACUUGAUUUUAUGAGGGGAAAGUCUACAGGUAUCAUUCCAAAGAGAAAGGCCUCUGGGUUGGUAGCCAAGGUCAAUGGCUUAAUUACAACAUCAACACCACACUCUAGCAUUCCUGUUGUAUAUACAGAUGGUGGCUGCUUCAAUAAUGGAAAAGGAAAUGCCAGUGCAGGAAUUGGAGUUUACUGGGGGAGAGAUGAUAAAAGAAAUUUGUCAGAAAGAUUGGAGGGUCUUCAAACCAACCAAAGAGCUGAACUAAAUGCUGCAAUCAGAGCCCUUGAACAAGCUGUGAAAAAUAACAUGAAUGAGCUAGAGAUUCGGACAGAUAGCAUGUAUACAAUAAAUUGCGUUUCUAAGUGGAUACAGGCAUGGAAGAAAAACGGCUGGAAAUCGGCUGCAGGAAGCAAUGUAAAGAACCAAGAAGAUAUUAAAAGAUUGGAUGACUUGUGCCAAAAAGUGCGGGUGAAUUGGGUUCAUGUAAGAGGUCAUCAAGGAGAACCUGGCAAUGAGGAAGCUGAUCGAUUAUCAAAGGAGGGUGCAAGCAUGGCCAUGUUAUGACUCAGUUUCACAUUAUUUUGUUAAUAUAUAGACAUUGUGUAAAUUAGCUGUCAUACUUUUGACAGAUAAAAUAAGACAACUGGACAUUUUUAUUUUUGAAAAUCUUCCUGUCUCAUUCAUAUAAAUCUUUGUCGUUUAGCUUGUCGAUAUGUCUACAAUGCUUGUUUAUUCCUUAGACAAUUAAAUUUUUAUAUGAUAUAUGAUAUAUGUUUGCCCCAUUUAUGAA